CCGCGGCGCUUAGACAGCGGUUCCCACGCUGCGGCGCCGGGUCCCGCGGCUGCCCAGGCCUUUGCCGUCACGCCCACUCCUCCUCCGCCGUCCAGCCCUUCGGUCCGGGUCCUGGCCCCUGGGCGUGCUGUUCUGCCUGCCUGUUGCAGAACCCCGAGCGCGCGCGGGGGUCUCCUGGACCCUCGGGCAGAGCGGCCGCAGGAUGGCGGCCGUGACGGUGAGACCCAAGCCGCGACCGCCUGUCGAGGGGCGGCGUGGAGCCUCGUCCUGCAGGAGCCCCCCCAAGGGGGACCUCGGCGCGGAGAGGGAGGAGAGGGCCGCGGGGCCCGCCCACGCCGGGAGAGGCGGCGGAGCUGACGCGGUGCGGGCACGCCGCCGCCUGAGCCGCGCGGUGGCCGAGUUGGCGCGGUUUCUGCUGGUGAAGGACAGGAAGAGUCCCAUCGCGCGCUCCGCGGUGGUGAAAUACGCUCCCGGGAUCAUCGCAAGGGCCUCAGAGCGCCUGCGGGAUGCCUUUGGUGUCGAGCUCACAGCUCGACCGCAAGCACUACACUUACAUCCCGAUCAGAGAACCUCCAGAGGAGGAGGAGGAGGAUCUAGGAGAUGCCCUGAUGGGUCUCUUUGUGAUGAUCCUGGGUCUUAACUGCGUGAAAGGUAAUAGUAGUGCCAGAGAGGCCCAAGUCUGGGAGAUGCUGCGCCGUUUGGGGGUACUUACUUAAAAAUAUCACUUCCUCUUUGGGUACCCAAGCAGCUUGUGGAAGACGUGCAAUAGCGAUACAUCAGUUAUAGGCAGGUGCCCCACUCCACUCCACCGGAAUAUGAAUUCUUUUAGGGUCCCCGAAGUAACCUGGAAAUCAGCAAGGUGAAAGUCCUACGGUUUGCGGCCAGGCUCCGUAAGAAAGAACCCCAGCACUAGCCAUUGCAGCAUCGUGGGCCUGUAGCAGAGGAAGUCAACAGGGCCAGGGCUGAGGCCAGUGUGAAUGAGAGCCUACCUGCACCAACCGGUGGUGAGAGUUGGUGGAAAGGUAGCCACAAAGGCAGUAGCCACGAAGGCUCUGUGGAUGUGGAAGCCACUGUCCUGAGUCAUUAGUAUAGAUAGGGAGAGAGUCAUUAUUUCUAAAGAAAUUAUGUAACUUUUUAGGUUUUGUAGCUUGUUAGGGUGUAUUACAUUAUAUAUAUGAAAUUGGUCUUUUUGUAGAGUUUUGUUAGUGUUUUAAAAAUGGAUUGAAGAACUUUACUGUGAUCUUGAAAAGAUUAUGCAGCAUGGGAAUGCUGUUACUUAAAUCAUUUGAAAGAUCUUAACAUAAUGAUGAUGUACUAAGGGGAAAAAACAGCUGAUUCCAUGUCUAGUCUCCAACACUUUUUGUCUGUUGUUUUUUUUUUUUGAAAGACUGACAUGCACCAUUAUUUGCUUAGAUGUUAUAGUAUCCAGAAAAACAACUCAAUAAAUUAGAAGUGUACCUUGAACAUUUAAUAAAUUAAACACACAUUGAACAUCUUGAAUUUUUGAAUAAUUAUUUUGGGCAUUUGAGGGUAGACUACAUCCUAUUUUUUAUAGAAUUGGGGAAUAUAUACAUAAACCAGAAGUUAGAGAAAAGACUACAAAGGACACCUAACACAGUUGUGAAUGGUGAGGAGUGCUUGAGGUUACCCUGGGUAAAUCCCCUUGGUCUCUGGGUGGGGAAGAGUGGAACA